GUUACUUUUCAUCAAACAUUUUUUUUUAUUUUGAGAAUUUUUUCCGAGCUUUCCCGGCUUUUCCUCCAGGAUUUUUAAUCUUACUUUAAAAACUUACGAGCAUCUUCUUCGCCUGGUAAAUUCCUGGAAAAUGACGGAGAAAAUAUCCUUAUCUAAACAAAAUCCUCGUGAUUUAGUUGAGAGUCCCGGGAAAAAAGUUCCUGCCACCGAAGAGAAGAUUCAUGAGAGAAGAAAGCGCCCCCCUAGGAAGUCAUAUCAACGUAAAACAGACAUCUACGUGACGAAAAAGUCCAAUUUUGUGGGAAAACUCCGGCAGUGCGAGAAACUCUUGCGCCUGGAGCAUGCAGAAAUCUUCCUUCAUGGCAUUGGGAAUGCAAUUCCAAGAGCGAUAAGCUUAGCCCUACAGAUUCAAGCCAAUAACCCAGAUUUGUACGGAGUGGAGGCAAAUACUGGGACUGUGGAGCUUGUGGAUGAUCUCCAUCCUCUAACGGAUGAUGCUGACUUUGAUGAGCAGAAACGUCGCAAUUCCUCCAUCCACAUUCGUGUGUACCGGAAAGUGGAGCCCGGACAGCUGGUUGCUGCUCUCAAAUCUGUGAUAAAGGGACGCGUGUCGUUCUGAUGGACUGUUUCCUUGUCCUAUCUCUUCAAUCUAUGCUUAAAUCAACAAAAUAAAUAUUUUUAAGAAAAAUGAA